UUGAUGAAAUUGUUGAUGGUAAUGUGGUCUAUUAUUGUGAAAAAAAUGAUAAAAUUGUUUAUGGUAAUGCGGUAUUAGUAUGUUGAUAGUUGUAUGCGGUACUAAGAGUUUAUGAAAUUGGUGAUGAAAAUGUUGAUAAUGAGAAUGGACUUGUUUCAUUGUUGUCAUAUUAGCUACACAUGUAGGUUCUCGAAAUUUGAUAUAACUUUCCAUUAUCGAAGCUAUGUAUGUUAUGUAUUGUUAAAUUAGGGUUUUUUGACGUUGUUUUAGAAUUCGAUUAUCCUUAAAUGUGUUUUGGUUGGUAUAUAGAAUAUGGCUUCACAAAAUGUAGUGUUGUUAUGCCGGUGGGGAGGUGAAAUUAUGUGCGAUGGAUCAAAUGUUGAGUACACUUGUCUUUUACCUGUGACAGUCAUGUCAAUUUCAUUGACUAGUAAUUCUGUUUUUUAAUUGGUUUGGCCAUAUUGUUUUGAAUGAACAGAUAUCAUGGUCGGACACGAUCGGAUACCAGGACCACUUGACCCUUCUGUCCUUACACUGCAGGAUAAACAUCGGAGUGUUGACAUAUGGGAGCAGACGGUAAUUUCUCACGUGCCAUUUCAUAUACAGAUUUGUCUUGUUUUUUUGUAUACUUGACCCUUAUUUACAGUUUUUAAAUGAAUUACCAGGUGGACAUAGCGGAAAUGUUGGGGUGCAGGCACUUGAGGUCCGGCUGGGCAGUCGAUCCACGCGUUCUUCAGUACGUCGACUGGGUUGGCUUUGGUGGUAUUCAUCGCGUGGGCUACAGAGAAAUAGAUCGAGGGCUUAUCACAGCAUUAGUUGAGAGAUGGAGGCAGGAGACACACUCCUUCCAUCUUCCUGUGGGGGAGGCGACAGUCACGCUGCGGGACGUCGCGAUACUCACACGCCUUCCCAUCCAUGGGAAUGCGGUGACAGGGGGUGUGGUACUUGACCCCGCAGGUUUAAUAGGUCGGGUUUUAGGGGUUCAGCCAGAGCCAAACGAGAUCAGGGGCAGCGCGCUGAGGACCGGUUGGCUACGCGACAGUUUUGGACAUUUACCUCAGGACGCUGACGACGCCACAGUGCAGAGAUACGCCCGAGCUUACUUGUUCCUGCUCAUCUCAGGCGUGCUCUUUGGAAACAAGAGCGGAAGCCAUCUUCAGAUUAUUUACCUGUAGCUGUUAGACCACGACUGGGAUGAGAUCCGUGGAUACAGUUGGGGUAGUGCUUGUUUGGCGGUCUUGUAUCGCCAUCUGUGUAGAGCAUCACAGCGUGGAGCACAGCUGAUUGGAGGUCCUUUGGUUGUGCUACAGGUAAACCUCAUCAUUAUCCUUAAGCCUAGUCUGAUAAUGACUUGACGUUAUUUAUGCUUUACCUUUUAUUUGAUUUUUAAAACAGCUUUGGGCUUGGGAGCACAUCCAUGUAGGGAGACCAGGUAGGCCUGUUGUACACCGUCCAGGGAAGCUGGACCAGGACGAUCAGUACGCAGCAUACGAUGCUCCCCCGCUCCCUGAACCCGAUCAGGCAUACGGUUGUAGGUUCGUAAUAUUAUACUUGUGUACUCAAAUUUUGUUAUAAUUAGCUAGUACAACUUCUUAAAUAAUUUGUUGCCACAGGUGGGUGGUUCCCAGACUAACACAUGCGCAUACAGCGAGAGGUCUUCUCUACUACCGUGACGCCCUCGAUCGACUCUCGGAUGAACAGAUGACAUGGGAUCCCUAUUCUGCUGUGUUGGUAGAGGCCAUGCCGGAACACUUGCUCGAGCAUCGUGCUGAGUGGCUUGCCAGGACCCCCAUGAUCUGUUUUGAGGUCGUGGAGAUCCACCUACCGGACCGAGUGUUGCGACAGUUCGGACUUCACCAGCCUAUCCCCAUGCCCUGUGACACUAGUAUUCGCCUCCACGGCAUUGACCGUCGUGGAAAGUUGGAGACAAACUGGGCACUGGAGCAUCAUCAAUUCAUUGAGCUUUGGGACCAGCGGUUGGAGUCCAUCGUUGACGGUCACCUGUUUCAGGGUGUUAUGGAUCCGUGUGAUCCUUACAUGGUAUGGUACAGGCAGAUUACACGCCUUUUCAUCAACCCUACCUACACCCCACCGUCCACGCACUACCAUCCAGCUUAUGAUGUUAUCAGCGGACUUGCGGGGGAUAUGGGUGCGAUGGUUGAUGCACUUUCAGAUGCCUUAGCAGCCGUACCCACUAGAGCCCAGGUUGAGCGGGUGCGAGAUAUGGGCAUACAUAGCUUGCAAAGAUAUGGCCAUGGCCAUCUCGUCCACCCCAGGGACGAUCAUGACCCCAACUCCUUCCAUUCACAGUUCGACUUCGGACAGAGUAGUGGUGGAGGUCAUACUUCGGGCUCUACACAGGCAGAGGAUUACUUCAUCCAUAACACCGCUCCCGGCCACAGCCAGGGUGACUCAUCGUCUCGCCAGCUGACUCCUCCAUCGUCCCGAGACCCAUUCACCACCAUUCAGCAUUACACGAGGCGUCCGAGGCGUGUUCGUAGACAGACGGAGGACACACAGGAUGGAGAUCAGUUAACUCCAAUACAUGAGUCCGGAUAGUAUUAGUUAGUUGAUCCUUUUGUGAUACUCAGAUAUUUAACAAUGUUGUAUAUAACGCUUACAUUAUUAAUACAAGAAAUGUUUUCUAAAUGACUCUCUGUACAAUUUGAAGUUUAUUUCCCUUAUUUGUCCGAAUUUGACUUUUGUUAGUGAAACUAUAUCUUUUAUAUCCGUUAUAUGUAUCAAGCAACAUAUAUUUGGUCUCCUGCACUUAAAGUGCUGUUUCACGAUGGUUAUCAUGCUGUUAGGGUUGUUUCCAGUGUUUGAUGGUUGUUGGUGGUGGUCGAUGGUGGUGGAAAGGUUGGGGCUGGUGGUGGGAAUGCUCUUGCGUUGUUUAGGGUGUUUUAUGGUAGUUUAUGGGUGGUUGAGAGUGGCGGG